AUGCAGGGAGUAUUGAGCUCAGUGGCCCCGUCCACUCUUCAGGCCUAUUCUGCCGCAGCUUCCAGGUUCCUGGCUUUCUCUAAGGGGGGCGAGGCUGGGGGGUCUUGGCCCCCUUCACAGGCCGCGGUCCUCCGCUAUUUGGCCCACCUUCGCGGCCUGGGGCGCGCCCCCCGGACCAUGCGCAGGGAUCUCGCGGCCAUCUCCUUCUUUAGUAAGGCGGCGGGGUUCCCUGACCCUUGCACUUGCUUCCUCGCCCGGCGGGCAGUGGAGGGCUGGGCCCGCACGGCCCCGCCACGGCGGGAUCGCAGGCGGCCCAUUACACUGGCCAUACUGGGGCAGGUACUACAGGCGGUCCCCUCCCUCUGCAGGUCCCCUUACGAGGCCCAGCUCUUCCGCACGGCCUACAUUCUGGCCUUUUACGGGGCAUUCAGGGUCAGCGAGCUAGUGGCCGGUUCAAAGGGUGACCUGUCCGGCCGCGCAGUUGCCUUUAAAGACGUGUCCUGGUCCCCCCGGCGGGUGUCCAUCAGGCUCCGCCGCUCAAAGACGGUACAGCGGGGCAAGGGCCACGUCAUCCACCUUUGGGCGGCACGUCAGCAUUCCCUGUGCCCAGUGCGGGCGGCUGACAGGUUCCUCUCGCUCCGGCCCUCCCUCUCUGGCCCAUUCCUGAUGCAUAGGGAUGGGUCCCCCCUCACCCGGUUCCAGUUCUCUGCGAUCCUUCGGGCCGGCCUCCAGGUGUGUGGGCUGGCGGCCCGGGAUUUCGGGACCCAUUCCUUCCGCAUCGGGGCGGCUACUGUGGCUGCCAAUCUCGGCCUCCCCGCGGCGGCCAUCCAGGCCAUCGGUCGCUGGCGGUCAGGGGCUUUCAGGACCUACAUUCGCCCCGCUGCGGGGCUAUCUCACUAA